AUGUUGAUCUCAGACUUGCCAUUCGAAAUCAUCCUACAUCUCGCAAAUUUCCUCCCUACCAAAGAUCGCCUCACUUGUACGUCUGUAUGUAGAUCUUGGAAAGUUCCUCUCCAAGAAUCCCUGUGGAGAACAGUUGACAUAUGCAACAAAACAAAACUUGAUGCAAUAUGCGACAUAACUAGUGACCAACACGAUAUAUUUAAAAUCAAUGGACACCGUGUACACACCUUGAGGUUAGCCGAUUGGCUCAGCGUAAACGACAGGCAAUUUUAUACUAUUCAGAACCGUUUUCAGUACCUGAAUCGCUUGUACGUUAGAAUUAAAGUCCUGGGCGAUAUAGGAUUCGAUGAUACAACAGAUUGGAAACUGUCGAGGCAUUUGAGUCAGUUGGAAAUAUAUAUUGAGGGUCUGACCCCUGUGGCCAAAGUAAACACUCUUUUCAAGAUCCUGUCCUUCUCACCAUCUAUUAUACGAUUGGAGUACAUCAAAUAUUACUAUCCUCGAGGAAUCACUUAUACGCUCGAAGAUUUCGAAAAAUUGCACACUCUUUUACCACAGCUACAAUACCUGUCUCUUGAUGCUGAAUUUGAUAUUCCUUUUGAGGAUCUAACCAAAAUAUCAACCAUAAUGCCUGUAAACGACCUGACUGUGGUGAAACUCAGAAUGACAAACCUAAGUUUACAAUCACUCUACUAUUUCCUUCACAAAUAUCAUAAACUACGCACCCUGGAGCUCGAUAUUCUUUCCAAUUCAAACAGAUCACAUUUUGAUCGUAACGAAAUACUACCCAUGUUUUCAAGCCUUAAUUCUGUUUUCCCUUACCUCGAGAAAAUCAUCAUAAAAGGCCCGACAACUUCUGGAUUUGCAUUUAUUACAUUGUGGAAACUUAUCCGGCAAUUUGAUACACCACUUAAACAUCUUGUCUACGACAUAAGUUCUAGAGUCUUUACGUCAGACAGACCAGCGGGAGCAAUUAUCGAAUGUAUACGCUACUGCUCAACAACUCUAGAAACGAUAUCUAUAUUUGGCGAUGUUCGUUUCUCUUAUCCACACAUGCUUCCAUUAGCACUUGGGCUUUGUCACCGACUUGUCGCUCUAAAUUUCGGUGUAAAUUCUAACUCAAUUGCACUGGAUGACCUAUUGGAUCAUUGUACAAGCUUGAAAAGAUUGCGCCUAAGCGCUAGACGUCUUUAUACGAAAUCAAAAUCUCCCAAUGGAGCACCAAUACACAAACUACAGAUCCUUGAAACGACACAUGCCAUGAUUGAAGUCUCUUUAUUCUCUUAUUUAUCUUGCCGGUGCAAAUACUUGAAGUACCUGCGUAUGGCCGACGCAAAAGUGUUUGGACAAGUAUCUAGAAGAACCGGAAGUCUUUGUAUUGAUAUGUUCAACUCCCGUUUUGAAUUGCUCCAACUCAACUCGGUCUGCUUUUAUGGAACCAAUAACUUCACUUGUGAUGAAGAGGCUCUUAUAAACCUAAUAGCUCUUACUGGUUCCGAUAGUCAACAAGCACAUUCUACUAAUAGACGAGAUACUUUGAUGCCUAUCAAUGGAUCGUUAUGGUACCAUACCCAUUUCCAUUGGGGGGAUAAAAGCGAAUCAGAAGAAGUACAGAUGCUAGAAAACAAGGAAGCCGAGCGUAUUCAUAGACACUUUCGCAACUUUCGGUAUAAGAAUGAAAAAAUUAGCUACCAAAUGGAACUUCAGCGUUAUUCUCAUGGAAUAGCAAGUCAACAAAGCUGGAAGAACGAUUUUUCUAGAGGAUACGUUGCUUUUUGUUGUGGAUAUGUAGUAAAAGCAUGGCUAUCAUGUAUCCAAUACACACAGUAUUGGCAUUUAUUGUGUAUGUUCCAUGGAAUGCAGCAGGCACAACAGGCCACACAAUAG